AUUGAAGAAUGUACAUUUAUCAUUUCUGUUAUGAGAAAGUCCACAAAGUCGGCAUCCAGUGGACCGCUAUCCACGCUUCUUGGGACACAAUUUGGCAAAGAGAGUACACCUUAUGGUGACGACGAGGGAUCUACACGUCUUUCAGCCUUUUUGAAGUCUGGAAACAAAAUUAAGGAGGAUGAUCACUUUAUAAGUGGAUUUAUUGAGCUCAGAUCUAUGUUGAGCGAACUGAAAACAAUCGAUGACAUUGAUAUGUUGACUCUCCUACAGCCAUUCCUUUUGCUGAUCAAAUCACCUAUCACAUCUGGCUACAUAACAGGCAUUGCGGUAAGCUCUUUAUCCAAGUUUAUCAAAUACGGAAUCGUCAACGAAAAUUGUCCGAACAUAUUUCAAUGCUUGGGCCAAAUAAUAUCAGCGCUGUCGCACUGUCGUUUUGAGGGGUCCGACCAAACACAAGAUGACAUCUUGCUGAUUAAAAUAAUUCAGCUAUUAGAGCUGAUAGUUACUUCUAAGUUGGGUGAUCUCCUAACUGAUGACUCAAUGUACGAGUCAGUUUCGACAUGCUUUUCCUUAGCAAUUAAUACCAGGAGACGUGAAAUUCUUAGAAGCGCUGCAGAGACCUCUCUUAUUGGUAUAACCGAGAAAAUAUUCAGCAAAUUGAGAUACAUCAAAAUUGACUCAGGGAUUGACCACAAUGUCAAGACAACUGAAGUUGAACUUACUGCUACAACAGAAACUGGAGAACUGCCCAAUGAUAUAAUAGGAGGUACGGAGUAUGCUGAAUCUCACGAGUAUUCGAUCGCGGCAAAAACAAACUCUUCCAUUGCCGAUGAUGACCAAGUUCCAUUUGGAAUUCCUUGUAUGAAGGAAUACAUGAACCACACAAUCGAAAUCCUAUCGCCGGAUAAUCAGUUCAGAUUUACCGAAAGUUCUAGGGUUUUGGCACUAAACAUACUUAACACCAUUGUCGAGGUCUCAGGUGGUGUCAUAGUCCAUCAUCCGUCUCUUUUUCAAUUAAUCUCGGACAAAGCUUGCCAUCAUUUGGUACAGCUCGUUCAAACUGUGGACUCUCCCUAUUUGCUUACUCUCGCAAUGAAACUCUUUCUUAAUUUGAUUCUUACUAUGAAUCAUUAUUUGAAGAUACAGAUUGAACUUCUUAUGACUACAAUCUUUCAAGGUAUGGUUGCUGAUUCAAAGAUGCUGAUCAAGGUCGAAGAAUUAGGAGCUGAGUUUCACACAGGAAAAAGCCCCGUGAUUAAAGAGAUAUUAGUGGAAACUUUGAGCGUGUUAUGGGUACGCUCUCCUUUAUUCUUUAAUUCAUUAUUCAAGUCGUACGAUUGCGACUUUGAUAGAUCCGACAUGGCAGAAUUGUUGCUAAAGUUACUUUGUCGCUUGUCGGCAUCUGAAGUUACGCUUUUUACUACUUCCAAUGUUCCUUCCAUAUGUAUGGAAGGUGUUCUUUCAUUUGUUGACGGUGUCUAUGAACGCACUAGAGCAGCUUCCAAAGCUAAUAUUGACUUUGAGAAACUUCAGCCAAACCAACUGGUUUUGCAACAAAUUAAGAAAUCGGACUUCAUUGAAUGUACCAAAAAAUGGAAUGAAAAACCUCAGAAGGGUCUUAAGAUGCUUCAGGAUAAAGGAUUCAUUCGAGAUAUUAGUGAUGUGAGCGAGGUCUCCAAAUUUCUCUUUGAGAAAUCCGGAAGAAUUGACAAAAAGAAGCUGGGUGAACUGUUAGCUAAGCCCUCGAACACUGAGCUUCUGAAAGAGUUUGUGAAGCUACUUGAUUUUAGAAAUCUAAGACCAGACGAGGCGCUGAGAAUGUUGUUGAACAAUUUCAGAUUGCCAGGAGAAGCACAGCAAAUUGAACGGAUUGUUGAAGCGUUCAACGAAAGAUACAUUGCAUGCCAGGACGCUGAAGCUAUAUCAUCAAAUGAAGAGAAUGAUGACGAGAAAGUCACUCCAGACCAGGACUCGCUUUUUGUAUUGUCAUUCUCAAUCAUCAUGCUGAACACAGACCUUCAUAACCCGAAUGUGAAAAAACCGAUGACUUUGGAAGAUUAUCAACGCAACCUUAGAGGAUGCUACAAGGGAAAAGAUUUUCCCCAAUGGUAUACUGAAAAAAUCUAUCAUUCCAUUAGAGAAAAAGAAAUCAUCAUGCCGGAAGAGCAUCGGGGCACUUCCAAAUGGUAUGAGACUGUCUGGCAUUCCCUCAUUGCAGAGCAAGCUAGCAAGAUGUUAAGCGACGACGUCAUUGUUGAGGAUACUGAUAAUAUAGAAGAUUCCCUCCAAUUUGACAAGGUUUUGUUUGAAAAGACAAGCAAAUAUAUUGUCAGCACCUUGGUCACAAUGUUCGAUGAUGCUACUCACGACAGCGUUGUAACAAGAAUGAUCUCAAGCGUCGAAAAAUGUGCUGCAAUUGCGUCAUACUUUGGUAUGAAAGACCUGGUUGAUCAAAUCAUUGAAAUUGUUGCACAUUUGACAACCCUUACUGGCGUCAAGCCUUCCGAGUUCGCUUUGGAAUCCAGAGAAUCUCUUCCCAUCACAGAGCUCAAGCUUGAAAAGGAAAAUGAGACAAUCACUGUUAGCUAUUUAUCCGUUCUCUUUGGUCGAGAUUUCCGAGCUCAACUAAGCACGCUUGUGCUUUUCCGCAUUUUGAAGAAAUCCAAUUUUAGAGUGUCAAAGCACUGGGACUUCCUUGUGAAGAUUGUUUUGACUCUUUUUGAGAAUGGUUUGAUCGAACCAAAUCUCUUUCCUGAAUUCCAGAAGAAGAUAGGCUUGGAUAAGUUGUCAAAACCAAGACCAGAAUUUCAAUUUAGUCGUACUAAGGCCCUGAAAGACAACGGUUUGUUUUCAACAUUUUCGUCUUACUUGAAGGGCCUUUCUGAUGACACUCCCGAACCUACAGACGAAGAGAUCGAAUGUACUCUUUCAGCCAUGGAGUGCAUUAAAACAAGCAACAUCAGUUCUCUAUUCAGGAGUGUUAGCAAAACAUCACCUGAAAAUAUAAAUGCUCUAGUGUCAAUUUUGUUGAAGUCAAUACCAAAGAAAGAAAAGGCAGAUCCCCGGACUUUCAUACCCGAGACUUUAUUUAUUCUAGAGAUAAGUGUUUGCUACCUGUUAUUGACUGGGGAUUCAAAGCUUGUUGUUGAAAUACUGAAUCUAUGCGAUGAGAUCUUCAGUCCUGCAGAGGACUUUAAGAUGGGCUGCCUAGUCAGAGUGAAUGCUUACAAGCUUCUGUUGUUGCACAACGGAGACGACUCCAAUGUUGAUCUUCUUAACAGCACUAUCGACAAGUUUUAUGAUAUUGCUGAUAAAAACCGAGACGCCCUGAUGAAGUAUGGAUCAGUCAUUUUGCAUCCGCUCCAAAUGCUAGUUUUAGUGAAAGGCACAUGGUGUCAAGACAUCCUGUCCAAAAAUGGCAAAUAUUGGUCGCUAAUUCGCAUAUUCGCUUCUUCUCCAAAAAAUACGGAGGUUGUUUACCAAUUUAUGCGCAACCUUGUGGAAACUCUCCCUGAGAUAAUCACAUAUCAAAACUACAUGGAUAUUUUAGGCCUUCUCGACGAGAUUUCGGCAGUUGGUGCAUAUGGAGCACAAUGGGAGCAAGAAUAUGAUAAGCUGAUUGCUAGUGGCCACAAGGUAGAGAAAAAUAAAAAUCCGUUCCAGGAUUUGGUGGCAACGGCUACAAAGUCAAUCACGUUGACAUUAGGCUUAGCAAAGCUCUUCGAUUCAAGCAAUUUCAAAUCCACUAUCCCGACUGAUACCGAUAGCUCAUCUAUUUGGUAUCCUUUGAUUGAAGCUAUUGCUCACCAAUGCUACAACCCAUGCAGAGAGUUAAGAUCUCACGCUCUGAAAACGCUCACAACACUACUUGUUUCCUCCGACCUACCACUUGGCUCUUUAUCCCCUGAGUUGGUCUUGGAUGCGGGAUGUAUACGUUUGUUACUGGAGUUAUUAAAGCCGGAUGUGGAAGGCACAGAUGCAGAGGGAAUGAUCAAAACCCAACACGAUGUGCUGAAUUUGACUUGCAAGGUGAUCCUAAUUUACAAAUUCACAGAUGUAAAUGCGGUCAUCGGUAAGGUUCUUGCCGUGUCUUCUAAGUUUAUUGUCAAAAAUCGUCAUCGUCAAAAUUUUAAGGAUGAAGUGCUGGAAUUCCUAAAAAACAUGCUACUUGUCAAGAAAGAAGAAGCUGAUUUGGAGAAA